AAUCUUAUCCUAAUUUUUGACACGACCACAAAUUUGUUCUUUGCCACUAACCGUUUUAGACUGCAACACACAUAUUAUUAUAAACCAUGGCAUCAAGACAAUCGCAAAAGAGAUUGACAAAAGAAUACAAGUCAAUCCAAGCCAACCCACCACCUUAUAUUAUUGCUAAACCAAACGAUGAGAAUAUUCUAGAAUGGCACUAUGUCAUUACUGGUCCAGCCAAUACCCCGUACGAAGAUGGUCAAUAUCACGGAAUACUUCGGUUCCCCACUGAAUAUCCAUUCAAACCACCUUCAAUAUACAUGAAUACCCCAAAUGGAAGAUUUCAACAAAAUACCCGCUUGUGCCUUUCUAUGAGUGAUUUUCAUCCUGAUACUUGGAACCCAGCUUGGAGUGUGGCUACGAUAUUGACUGGACUUUUAAGUUUUAUGACUGGUGAUGAAACAACAACUGGUUCUAUAACCACCACUGAUAAUGUCAAGAGAAAAUUAGCCAAAGAUAGUAAAAAAUGGAAUAUGAGUGAAAAUCCUAGAUUUAAAAAGCAUUUUCCCGAUUUAGCUAAGCAGAAUGAAGAAGAUAUACAGAAGAUGAAAAUAGAGGAGCAAGAAGAAAAGCUUCACCAGAUUAAAGUGGGAGGUGCAGUUGAUCCAGAUAAACCUAUAGACUUAACUAAAUUGGAUAUGUUGGAUCCAGAGGAUCGGGCUAGGAUAUUAGUUGAACAGGAGAAAUUGGGUAUGGUUGCUCAAACCAACGGGUUUUCGGGAAUAACUUUGAUUGGAGUAGCUGUGGCUGCAUUUAUAGCAGCUUACUUCACCAUCUUGAGAAGAGGGUAAUCUGAUACCUUUAUAUUUGAUACGGAUUAUGAAACAGGAUACAUGGAAUAGAGAGUACAUUGUUGAAGAAAAAAGUAUGUGUACUUGUAAUGAUUUCUGUAAUGAAAUAUUCAAAUAGAUUAAAUUAUAUUAGUAUGUCAUAAUUUUUAAUAUUAAUAAAGUUGCACAAAUCUAAGUAACAUC